GCCUCGUUUCCUUUGGAUUCCUGUUGUGCUACGUGUUGUACUGAUACCAUAUUUUAUGUUGUGCAAUUAUAAACCAGAAAAAAGAAAGUUUCCUGUAUUUAUAAAUAAUGAUUGGGCUUAUAUGUCUAUGGCUGUUGUAUUGGGAUUAUCUAGUGGGUAUUUCAGCAGUUUAAGCAUGAUGUAUGCACCAAGAUGUGUUGAACCUCAAUAUGCAUCUACUGCUGGAAUGAUGGCAGCACUUUUCUUAAUCUUAGGCAUUGUGUCCGGUGUCAACUUCUCAUUCUUCAUUUCUUGGUUGAUUGAAACUCCACUGUUCUAAAGGAUCUGAAGAGAAAAUUUGUUGCCAAAAAGUUGGUUUAAAAAUGAUAUAAUUUAUACAGUUAUUAUAUCAAAAUCUUUAUAUAUGGAAUAGUGUAAGUUUUUAAAUUUGUUUAUAUGAAUGCUUGUUAAAUCAUCAAGAAAUACUUAUUUAUUUGCAAAUAUAAAUUACAUAGCAUAAUUUGUACUAAGUAUCAUUGUUUAAAAAUCAUCAUUUUUAUAAAAAUAAAUUAUAUAUUAUAUCUUAUAUAUAAAAUACAUAAAACAUUAUACAGACAUAUUCAUACAAACACGUAUAACUAUCUGUGAUUACAAUUUGACUAGACAUUGUUACUUUUGUGAUCUGCAUCAUUAGAUAGAAAACAAACUUGUUGAUGUGUUUGAUUAUGAUUGCUCAUAUAUUUGUAUUUCAAAAUAAUCGUUUUUUAAAAUCUAGAAUGUGUUAUAAACAAAUUAGAAAUAAACAUAAAACUGUACUCACUCCUUAGUACCAAGUAUUUUUAAUUU